UCUUCGCGAACGCCCUGGUCGCCCAGUGAGGAUCAACGGCUCCGCGAGGCAGUUGCUCGCUUCGGUGACAGGACGGAAAAGUGGUCAACAAUAGCAACGUAUCUCCCAGGUCGCACCAACAAGAGCUGUAGGAAGCGCUGGUUUCAUAGUCUCGAUCCAAAGCUCAAGCGUGGAGCAUGGACGGAAGCGGAAGAUCAACUCCUUCGGGAGGGUGUCGCCAGGUUUGGGACACAGUGGAGUAGGAUUGGUAUGCAUUUACUCGGCAAUACCACUCUCGAGAAAGUUUUGCUGAUGGCACCUUAG